AACAAAGCAGCGCAACAUCAAACCCAGCCACCUAGCCAACAAUGGCCACAAUCAUCAGGCCGGCCACUCUCGCCGACGCGCCGCUGCUUCCCGCCAUCGAGCGAUCCGCCGGCCAGGCAUUUACGCAGAUCCCGUCCCUCGCAUGGAUAGCCAGCGACGAGCCGCAGUCGGAGCAGCGCCACCUGCAGCUCAUCCGCCGCGGGGUCUCCUGGGUGGCGGUCGAUGAGCGCGACGACGACGCCGCGCCAAUUGGCUUCCUCAACGGCGAGGUCCUCGACGGGAACCUACAUAUCUGGGAGAUGUCGGUGCACGAGAAGCACCAGGCAAAGGGCGUGGGGCGGUCGCUCAUGAACGAGGCCAAGUCAUGGUCCGACCGUCGAGGGCUGUCCGGGGUGACGCUGACGACGUUCCGCGACGUGCCGUGGAACGAGCGAUUCUACAAGGCCUUGGGCUUCGUGACGCUCGAGGGGGCGGAGGUUACGCCGGCGCUGCAAAAAAUAUUAGACGAUGAGGCUAGGAACGGGCUGCCGCGGGACAGGCGAUGUGCCAUGCGCUGGGAGAGACACGCAAUUGACGAGCCCUGACGCGGCCGAGAAGCGGCCUUGUGAAUCGCAAUGUCAUCGUUUAGCAACCGCAGUUGCUGUUCUGGCAAGUUGAGACGAGAGAGGACCGGAUGGUCUGCACGAGCCGUCUGUGUCACCAUGCCAGUUUCCUCAACGGGGCUGUUCUACUGAGGAUCGAAUCGGUGUCGUGUAACUCCAUCCCAUCUGGGGGCUUUUGUACCGCGGCGCUGCGAU